GGGUUUGAUUUAAUGGCCUACAGAGGGCGUGGUCGGGGGCGACCACGGGCGGCUAAGCAAGUCUCAUUUGAACUUUUCCCUGGAUAGGAGAAGUGGCUUUCAAAAGGAUGGUUUUCUCGUACUGAAGUUAAUCCUAGGAAGUUCAACACCUGCAAUAAUGCUGUACCCAAAAAUGCACUUGGCUGAUAUGAGAGUUUUUAUGCUGAUAAAUAGAAAGAUGUCUGAAACAUAGUGCCUGUUUUGAUGUUUGAGGAAGUUGAGAACUUGGGUAAUGCAGCUAGUGUCACUGAAAGGAUAACUUUGGCAAUUUGGCAGGCAAAUUUACAGAAGUAUUGGAACUCCUCUCCUUAUUAUUUGACAGAGGAAAGUGAUGUUUUGAAGAAGACGAAAGGAAUGGAUAUAGAAAGGUUUUCGGAUAGGAGCUCAGAGAGGGCCAAGUCAAAGCCACCAUUGACGCACUUCAUAAGGAUGGAUUCUGCCCAUGUUCCUGCAGAACUAGCUAAAGGUGGAAGGGAGGAGAGACAUGCUGCAAAAAGAGUGCGUUGGAACCCAGAGUUAGACAUGAAAAAAUUGGAUCUUUUGGAAAAGCUUGAUCAAAAGUCUAAGGGCGAUGAUGAAAAGAAAAAAGAUGUUGAAGAUGAGGACGAAGAACAAGAGGAGAAGAUUGAAGAGGAAGAAGAAUUUAGUGAUGACGGAGAUUACAAUCAGAAUCUUUAUGAUUACGAUGAUGAUGAAGACGACUUCAACAUGAAUGAAGAUAAUAAUGAUGAUGCCAUGUAUUGAAGUUGCUUGGUGGAAUGGUUUUUGCUUGCCUUUGGAAUUUUUUUUGCAGAGAUGGAAUUCUUUAAUUACUGUUAUUGGACUUCUAGAAAGCUCAUAGGCCUUGUAAAUUAGCAAACAGCUAUUUAAUUUUGGACAAUCAAGAAAAAACAUUUUCUUGUUGUGUCUUAGAGAGGCUCCCUUUGGACAGAUCAACAAGUUAGAGAUCUAUGUAUAUGUUUAGACCGAAAAAGCACAGACCUUCUGUUUCAAGAAACUACAUCCAUGGGCAUGGUAUGCCUGGAUGGCCUUUUUGAUCAUCUUCUUCCCUGUUCAUUAAUGCAAGAACUCCAUUCGGUUUUUUUU